UGUGUUCACUCUGGAUUGCAGAGCUUACUGAUCCUUAGAGAGCUGCUGCAGCAGAAAAACAACAUGAUCUCCGCAUGUUAUAGCAGCAAUGAAAUCAGGAAAGUGGACCUCCACUGCCAGACCAACAAUGCCGCCCAUAAGACCAAUGAAAUCAGUACAAAGCAGCUGAUUGUGAGACGAGGACAGCCGUUUCUCAUGACACUUGAGAUGGCCUACGCUUUAAAGCCAUCAGAAAAGGUUCAACUCACAGUGGAAACAGGUCGUUUUGCAUCAGAAAGCCAAGGGACCAAGUGUACGUUUAGUAACCAGGCUCCCAUGUGUGUUGCUGGCAGUAAAGCAGUGUGGAGCUGCAAAGUGGAUGACAGGUCCAACCUGCAGAGGGGCAUACUGAGCCUUUUGGUAACCCCACCCGUUGAUGCUCCAGUGGGGAAGUAUUCCUUGCUGGCAGAAAUAGAGAAUAGGAAAGCCGUAAAGGAAAGCCUGGUGGUGCUGUUCAACCCUUGGUGCCGGGAUGAUUGGGUGCACCUGCCUGAUGAAAAGGAACGGCAGGAAUAUGUGAUGAAUGAACAAGGACUCAUCUACAAGGGGACGGCACACCAAAUCCAUCCAAUGAUCUGGGAGUUUGGACAAUUUGAGGAAGAAAUGGUGGAUAUUUGCUUUGAAUUGCUUGAUGCCAACCGAAAACACCUGAAAGACCCAGCUGGAGACGUUGCAGCUCGCUGCAACCCCAUCUACGUUAGCCGUGUAAUCAGUGCCAUGAUCAACAGUAAUGACGAUUUGGGUGUUUUAGCUGGAUGCUGGGAUAACAAAUAUCCGGGUGGUGUUUCUCCCCUGAGAUGGACCAGCAGUGUCAACAUCUUACAGCAAUGGCAUCGAAACAACUUAAAGGCAGUAAAGUACGGACAAUGCUGGGUGUUUGCCGGUGUGAUGUGCACAGUGAUGCGGUUCUUCGGUAUACCUUGCCGUGUCGUCACAAAUUUCGUGUCUGCUCAUGAUAAAAACAACAGCCUCACGAUUGAUGAGUAUUUUGAUGACUACGGACUAAAAGCCAAGCAAGAUUCUGACAAAAUAUGGAACUUCCAUGUGUGGGUCGAGGGUUGGAUGAAGAGGCCUGACCUCAACCAGGCAGGUAGUUUCGAUGGUUGGCAGGUCUUGGAUCCCACUCCUCAGGAAAAGAGUGGAGGAGUGUUCUGCUGCGGUCCAGCACCUGUGGCUGCUAUCCACCAGGGCAAAAUGGACCUGAAGUAUGACGUACCCUUUGUCUUCAGUGAGGUCAAUGCUGAUGUGGUGAAGUGGAUGGUCAAUAGUGAUGGCUCAAAGACAAAGUUGAAAUCCCUCACUGACACUGCAGGCGUGGGCCAGAAAAUCUCCACUAAAGCUGUUGGCUGCUUCACAAGGAGUGAUAUAACUAACACCUACAAAUACAAAGAAGGCAGUACAAUGGAGAGAGUGGUCUACGAUCAUGCCAAAAGAGAGAUGAACUUAAAACCCGACAGCAAUGUGCAGCAAAACAGCUGCAAAGUCAUUGAUUCAAAAGUGGAAAUGACCUUACAAGAGGAAACCAGUUACAUAACUGGACAGGAUAUCAAACUGAAUCUGGUUCUGAGCAACAGAGAUAACAGGAAUAAGACGAUGGUGAUCAAUGUUAACGCUCAAGCCAUGAGCUACUUUGGAAAUCCUUUAAAGAACGUCCUCCAUGCUCGGCACGAUAAAACACUGCUGCCUGGACAAGUCGUGAACUUCCCCAUCCUGAUUCCGUACUCCGCCUACAGUGCGUACUCUGCCAUCCUUGACAGCGUGAAGGUGUCUGUCCUGGCCAGAGACAACAAUGGGGACAUCUAUGAGGCAGAGACUGACCUCGCUCUGGAAGACCCACCCCUCUCUAUUAAGGUUUUGGGUGAAACUCGUGUGAACUGUCCUCUGACCAUUCUGGUGGAGUUUCAAAACCCGCUGAAGGAGACGCUGAGGUGCUGUUCUCUGACUGUCGUUGGCUGUGGCCUCUUCGGAUCGCAACACCUAGAGAGUAACUUGGGAGAUGUGGAACCUAAUUCAUCUUUGACGGUCAAGAUCCAGACGGUCCCCUACAAGGCUGGCUCGAAGACGGUGGUGGCCAACUUUGACUGCAGCGCCUUCAGAGACCUAAAGGGAAGCGUCAACGUCUACAUCAAACCAUGAGUCCAUGACUGCUGCGCCCUUCGUUUGGAGUCUCUGAUUCACACUAUAGCCUGCGUUGUUAAACUUUGGGAGCUUUUGGGUAAAAAAAAAAAAAAUUCUAAAAAUAUUCACUUAUUCAAUUAUGAUUUUAUGAGGAAUUUCUACAAAUUAAGACACCUAUUUUAACAUUUAUUAAUCUCACAUUGGAGAAAUUUACCUCUGCAUUUAACCCAUCCGCUUGGGAAGCAGUGGGCUGCCAUUGUGCAGCACCCAGGGAGCAAUCAGGGGUUAGGGUCUUGCUCAGGGACCCAGAGGGGCGUCUGUGGGAGUGGAGCUGGAACCCAGAACCUCAGGAUUCCAAGCUCUAUGCCCGAACAACCAGGCCGCCACUCCCCGAUGGCGACUAUAAACUAGCCUUUAUGCUGGGUUUGGGUGGCAUUGCAUUUUAUUUUGAAACAUUUUUAUGUUUUAUUUUAAUUUCUGUUAGUUUUGGAAAUAAUGUAACAAAUUGUGGUGGGGAAUA